AUGGCACCCUUAGUCCCCUCGGCGAAAGCCACGCUCUCCUAUCCGCUGUGGGCAUGCGAUUUCGACCCUCUUGAUUCCUCGCGACUGGUAGUCGGCGGCGGCGGAGGAGCCGGAAGAAGUGGUGUAGGGAAUAAGAUUACGCUCCUGGACACCUCAAAAGCGAGCGAACUUAAAGAAGUCGGCGAAAUCGACCUUAGCAAGGAUGAAGAUAACGUUACGAGUCUUGCGGUCGGCCAGCGGAAAGGCGAAACCACUUUAGUCUACGCCGGCGCGAAUUCGAGGCCAGAGGAUAUAAAGAAGGGGAGAAAUAAGCAUUUCCGUAUCUUUGGGAUUGAGGCCGCUACGUCGGGAACGUCUAAGAUUACUGAGCUUUCGAGGUCGUCGCUAUUUACCGGGACGGAGAAAGACUCGUAUCAGAGACUUUUGCGACUGACGAAGCCAUAUCCAAAUCAACCGCAGCUCGGAGCUAUUGCAACUGGACUUACGAAGAAAUCGGAGAUUGUGUUGUUUGAAACUUCGGCGACACAGCCGAUGAGAUCGAGGGGUGCUGUGCAGAGCAAUAAGGAGCCUGUGGAUGCGGAUUUAAUACAGACCGGGGAAAACGAAUAUAUGUUUGCAUAUUGCGAUGAGCACGAUGUGUUUGUCAAGAAGAUAACUCCCGACAACGACGAUGAGGAACCAAGAGAGGUCUAUAUCACUCCGGCAUCCAGAUCACACGAGAAAGUCACCAUACCUUCGUUCCGAGCAAUGAGGUGGUUAACAAAGGACUUCCUCCUUAUGCUCACCAAUAUCCACGGCAAUAGCGGGGCAGUUCUACAAAUCCUACGACUACCUCCAAGCGGCAAUGGCCACUGCAGGAUCGCGCAAUCACUUCGACUGCCAUCAAGAAUUACCAAGGGCACUGGGCUAGCGGUUGCAAACCUGACACCGCCAUUAUCACCAACUGCCGAGCAGGAUUAUACGCAAUUCGUCAUUGCAGUAGCAGGGCACGACAUUUCCAUCACGCUCUUCAAGGUCAACCUGCAAGUUGAGCGGAGCGUCGCUAUGCCCACUAAAAUCAGGGAGUUCCGCACCUUCAAAAACGUCCAUCCCAACCAAACCACGGGGCUCUGCUUUUCAAACUUCGUCCCGCCCACGCACCCAGUUACAGCCAGUACGCCUCCCCAGUGCUUGAAAUUAGCAAGCAUAAGCGUAAGCAGCACGGUCGUUGUCCACACCCUUCCUCUUUUCCCUGUGCCGCUCUCGAUCAAGCGUGGCCAAUCCAGAACUCCCCGCUACGUGGUCGCUCUCCCGUCUGGCGCAACCGCUAUGGCGAUGAGCCUCGUGCUAUGCACCUUGGGCAUCUUGCUAGGAGCAGUCUUUAUCCAAAGCCUCCUCGAGAUCCGCGGCGCCGCCCCGAAUUGGGUGCAGGCGAGGAGCUUCAUUCCUCUCCGCGUCCAGGAAGUUAUUGGGAGACCGUACGAGUUCCCAGGAGGGUACAAAAGUAGCAUUGCUUCUACAAAAGAUACCUACGCCUCAGGUUACAAUCACCACAUCGGCGUUCCGGCCGACGAUGCCAGUGGCUCCGCCCUACGGCUCCCGGAAAUAUUCUCAAGCUUGAAAUCCGAGAGCGAUGGAACCGGUGUGUUUGUUGUGCACGAACACGCGGACGCUGAAGGCGGAAUUAAAGCCAAGCUGCAUGAUGAGGAAGUCCAUGGUCCGCAUGGUGGGCAGCCAUGGGAGGAGCUGAAGCAUGAGCAGCGCCAGAAGUGGAUCGAGAAGCUUAAACAGGCUGGGUAUUGGGCGGAGGAUAUGGGAGAGACUAUUUUGAAGGGUGUAGUUUUUGGAGAGUUGGGUGCUGCGGUGGGUCAAGCUGUUGCUGGGGGGUAG